UUUUUAGUCUGUGGUUUCAUUUGCAUGAAAACAAACUUUGCUCCCAUAAUUUGAUUCACCAAAAUUUCAUUGUUUUCUAAUUAGAAUUCAAACUUAUAUACAAUUUUAGAUGCACCUAAGAUAACAGUGAGGUUAAAGAAAACCCUGAGUCUCAAAUUGAGACUCCCAUGAGUUUUGGUUAUUCAGAAAACUCAGAAUAUGUCGUAUUGCCUAAAACAAUGCGCAAAAUUGCUAAGAAAUUUACAGAUUUUAAGUCCGAGAAGAUAUUUGAGUCAAGAAGUUCUUCGCAAUGCAUCUGUUUUAGGUAUAGAGACUUCCUGUGAUGAUACGGGUUGCGCUGUAGUUGAUAUGACUGGUAAGAUUUUAGGAGAGUCAUUGCACUCUCAAAAUGCUGUACAUGUACGUUAUGGUGGAGUUAAUCCAUUAAUUGCAAAUGAAUUACAUCGUAGAAAUAUUGAACAGGCUGUUGCUGAAGCCCUGGAAAAUUCAAAUUUAACAGUAGAUGACAUUGAUGCUAUUGCAGUAACAACAAGACCUGGUAUGCUUAUGAGUUUACAAGUAGGGGUCAAGUAUGCUAAAUAUCUUGCUAGAAAGCACAAUAAACCAUUGAUACCAAUACAUCACAUGGAAGCUCAUGCAUUGGUAGUCAGGGUGUCACAGGAUGUGCCAUUCCCUUAUUUGUCAUUGUUAAUUUCUGGAGGACAUUGUCUUUUGGCUGUAGUGAAAGAUGUUGAUGAGUUUUAUUUACUCGGGAAAAGUUUAGACAACGCCCCUGGAGAAGUUUUAGAUAAAGGUGCCAGAAGAAUGAAGUUGAAAAAUAUACCAACAUAUUCCCAAAUGGCUGGAGGGAGAGCUAUUGAAUUAGCUGCAAAGCACUGUAAAGAUCCUGACUUAUUCAGAUUCCCACUUCCUUUAGCGAAAUAUAGAGAUUGUAAUUUCAGCUUCAGUGGAUUAAAAGAUGCACUAGACCGCAAUUUGAUGAAAAAAGAAUUGGAACAUGGGGUCAUGGGUGAUGGCAUUAUUCCAGAAGUAAAUGAGUUAUGUGCAGCAUAUCAGCUAGCAGUAGCAGAGCACAUUGCACAUAGAACAGAGAGGGCAGUUAUAUUUUGUGAGAAAAAUACUCUGCUAGGUGAAUAUAGGAAUUUAGUAGUUUCUGGGGGUGUUGCCUGUAAUGAUUUUAUUUAUAAAUCACUUCAGGUUGUUACUAAAAAGUUAGGAUAUGAAGUGUACAGACCUCCACCUAGAUUAUGUACAGAUAAUGGGGUGAUGAUAGCUUGGAAUGGAAUUGAGAAACUUAGAAAACCAUGUGGAAUUAUUGCUGAUAUUCCAAUCAGCUCUAUUGAACCAGUGGCUCCACUAGGAAACAGUUUAAUAAAUGAAGUAAAACAGUCAAACUUACCUGUUAGAGUAUCAAGAUUGAGAAAAAUGUGUUUAUAAUCAAAACAUAACAUGCAUGUCUUACAGGGUAGACAGAACUAAUGUCUUAAUACCACUGAAGGGUGCUUUAAUGAUUAAGAUUUAGAUAGUGAUUAGUUAAUCAAUUAGUAGGUGCCUACAUUAUGAAGAAUUUAUUGUGAUUCUUUAGGAUUCUGUACUCCAGGAUUGAGGAUGGGAAGUGAUUAUAAAUUAGAUAAAAAUUAUUUUUUUUCACAGUUUUUAUUAAAUUAAAG